AUGCUCCGCCACACGAUUUUCCUCUCCCUCACCUCCCUCUGCCUGGAGGCCUCUCACCGCCUCUUGGUGCCGACGCCGCGGCGUUGUCCAUCAGCAUCUCUCAAGUCGUCCCAGCAGCUAUCGUCCGUGCCCGCUGAGUCGGCGCCGUCAACGCCAUUGGCUCCUCCACCUCCUCCCGCCAUCCCGGUGACUCAAUCUCCCCCGGCAGCGCGUGCGCCACCUCCUCCGGCUCCCCCGUCGCAGGCGGCCGCGGUUGGGGCACCUCUUGUGCUUCCUGCCGUGGUGCCGCCCACCCCGUCUGCAAGUUCCCCUGGUGAUCCUCCUCAGCGGCUACAUCCUCUGAUUCCACUCGACCCCUCCCCUGUCGCUCGAUUCCCUCCUCCUCGUUGCCAUUCUCCUCCGCUUCCUCCCAACGCACCUGAUCCUGAAGACGACGAGGCGUGGUGGAACGGCGAUUCGUGGGAGUCUCCUCCCCAGUUCGGAACGUUGUGGGGUCGGGACUGGGACAUCCGGUCCGAUUUCGUUCUGGACGUGCUUCGCUGGGAGUGGCGCAUGAUCGGGGUUGGCGAGUGUCUCUCCCAUGUUGCGACCGCACUGGAGCAGUUGCAUGCUAGUCUGGAGGCGCGGAAUCUAGUCCUCCGAGAUCCCCAGCUGACGGAGCCCCAAUAG